UCUUGUGAUUGCUGAGAAGUUUUAGAUUCAGUUGAGCAUAAACAUUCCUACGGUGUGGUGGUAGAAUCCAGGCAGAUCUGCGCGGAUCUAUAUACAUUCGAUAUUCAAAUUGACCAAUAAUAUUCAUCAACAAACAAAAAAGUGAUUUUUCUGAGCGUGCGUUAAAAACCAACGAUAGAGGAUUAUAAAGUGAUUUUUUAUAUAAGGCUUGAGCGCAGCAUGCUAAAUCCUGCGGCCAGCCUCUGACAACAACUCAGUAGAACACUGUAAAGCAUCUGCAGUUUUUUGGAUUCUUCAAGUCUCAAAUAAAACCAAGGAUUUAGAACUGAAAACCAUCAUCAUGAGCAUGAACUACCAUAACUACAACAGCAGCUCGCGCUUCGACAUGGUCGUGGAGAUAGCCAAUAUUGCGCUGGAUGAGUUCAAGACCCAUCACAUAACCAGAAACUACACGGGCCUAGUGCAGCGCUAUUACCAAUUGGUGGAAGAGGAUUACGGCGAUCCGCGUGCAACGCGCUUCCCCUUGAUGGAGCAUCCGAUGUUUACCUUUGGCAUGGUGGCCAUCUACUUGUCCUGGGUUUUGAUAAUAGGACCACUAUUUAUGCGCGAUCGUAAACCCUUCCAGUUACGCCGCACCCUGGUCAUCUAUAAUGCCUUCCAAGUGGCCCUUAGCGGCUAUAUGUUUUACGAGCAUCUAAUGGCCGGCUGGCUGAACUAUUAUAAUCUGAAGUGCCAACCGGUUGACUACUCCGAUAGUCCCAGUUCAAAGCGGAUGCUCAACCUGUGUUACCUGUACUACCUGUCCAAGCUGACCGAGUUUGCCGACACCAUGUUCUUUGUGCUCCGCAAGAAGUCCUCCCAGAUCACCUGGCUGCAUGUGUACCAUCACUCGGUCACGCCUCUGGAGACCUGGGUGCUCGUCAAGUUCCUCGCAGGUGGAAAUGCCACAUUCCCGAAUCUGCUGAACAACUUCGUGCACGUGUGCAUGUACUUCUACUACAUGAUGGCCGCCAUGGGACCAGAGUACGCCAAGUUCCUGUGGUGGAAGAAAUACAUGACCGAGCUGCAGAUCGCCCAAUUCGUGCUGUGCAUCUUCCACACCCUCCGUGCACUCUUCAGCAACCAGUGCCAGUUCUCCAAGUUCAUCUCAGCGCUGCUCCUGCUGAAUGCAUCCAUUUUCUUCUGCCUCUUCAUGAACUUUUACAUGCAGAGCUACAGGAAGUCCAAGGCGGCGCAGCAGCAACUACAGCAGCAGCAGCAACAGCAACUGCCUGCCACGCCCUGCAAGGCGGACAACAACAAUAACAUGGCGAUGCUGGCGCAAAAGCUGAAAGCCAACUAAUUCGAAAUCGAAAUCAGUCAAAUGUAGACGAAAAGUACUUCCAGGGAUUGCCCGAAGGGGAAAACAAAUUUUGCAUAAACGGAUCAGAUUGGUGAUGGCAACGGACGGAACGGAAGUAGUUUUGGUACAAAGGUUUCAACUAACGCUAAGCUAAGCUUAAGAGCCAUAAAUACACGGGCGUGCACACACAUACACACAGAGAAAGAGAGAGAGAGAGAGAAAGAGAGGAAGUAGGGAAGUCCGCCUGCCAAUGAUCGAAUACGGGGCGUAUGCGCAAUUUCAAUUAUAAUUUGAUUGAAUGAAACCAUUCGAGAGUCCCUCGCUAGCUUCGCUUGAUUGCUUCGCUUCGCAUUCUCGCCAUCUGUGGCUGCAUUCGCAUGUGUAGAACCGUACAACAAACUGGGUCAAUUUUCGAGAUCUGCCUAAUGUGUAAGUCGCCUAAUUCUAGAACCUCACGAACGAAGCGCGUUUAGUUUUAAAUUCCCUUAGGCUAAGUGAUUAUUGUAAUUGUGUAUAGACGAUUUUGUAAAUAGCCUGUUAAAUGUUAAUGUUAAAUAUUUGUAGUCCUAAGCCAACUAGUCUAACUUACAAUAUUCGCACGAACAAAUACGGCGAGCACGAAAUUAAAAGCGAAGACAAAUAAAAACGAAGAAAAGAUAAAUAUAAUAAAACACAAAAACCAA